AUAAGAAUUUAGAAAUAUGGUUAACUUGCUGACGAGCAUAAAUUAUUGAAGAUGAUUUGAGAGGAAGUACCUUUCUGGAUUUCUCUCAGGAUGAGUGCCAACAACUCCAGCCUGGCUGAUGAUGCAGAGCCCCUGUUCAUUCUUCCUCUGGCGCUGGUCAUCUUCCUCACAGUGAUUGGGAACCUGUUGGUCAUCUUGGCUAUCUUUCGCACCCCUCUGCUCCACACCACCACCAACGUCUUCAUCAUCUCCCUGGCCUUUGCGGAUCUCAUCAUGGGUUGUGUGGUCCAGCCUUUGGGCGCCAGCAUGGUGGUGAGCGGGAAAUGGCUUUUAGGUGACAAGUUCUGUGACAUGUGGACGUCCGUGGACGUGCUUUGCGUCACAGCCAGCAUAGAGACGUUGUGUGUCAUCGCCGUUGAGCGCUAUUUUGCGGUCACGAGACCUUUUGAACAUCAGGUCCUCCUUGGGAAGCGCAGAGCAAGCUAUAUCGUCUGCAUGGUGUGGAUAGUGGCGUCCCUAGUUUCCUUCGUGCCAAUCAUGAACCAUUUUUCUCGUGCAGAUUAUGAGGAGGCAGAAAUAUGUUACAAUAAACCAGAAUGCUGUGAUUUCCAUACUAACAAGACCUACACCAUCUUCUCCUCAGUGGUGUCCUUCUACGUGCCCCUCGUUAUUAUGGUGUUUGUGUACGGGAAGGUGUUUGUCAUCGCGACCAGACAGCUGAAACUCAUUGACAAGAAUAGACUCCGUUUUCUGAGCACAUGCACAGAAGACACUUGUGAAAAUCCAGGUGAAACGGUGCGUAAUUUGAGCCGGAGGUCAACGAGGCAUGUCGUGAAAGAACACAAGGCGCUCAAGACGCUGGGGAUUAUUAUGGGCAUCUUCAUUCUCUGUUGGCUGCCCUUCUUUUUCUUCAAUAUCAUCAAGGUUUUUAAUCCCGAAGUGCUGUCGAGGGAUGUGUUCGUCCUGUUGAACUGGCUCGGUUACACCAAUUCAGGCCUGAACCCAAUCAUCUACUGCCACAGUCCCGAGUACCGCACCGCAUUCCUCAAUCUUCUAGGGUACAAAAAACUCAAGCGGUUAAAUUACGACACAGUGCACAAACAUCUAUGGACCCUCAGCUCGUGCAUCCAAAGCAACGGUUCUGUAAAAAUGGAUUGCUUAGGUCACGAAGAUCCAUCUGCUAAGGGUGGGAACGUUUGCUCAGACACGUGUAAGGUUUUCAAAGAAGAAGAGGUGGAAACUCAGCCUCACAAUGACUCAAAUGUGGCAUCGAUCAAUGUAGCAGAGAUGUUAAAGGGCCACUGAAGAUGGGAAACAGAUCCUAUGCGUUUCAAGAGAAUUAACUGUCCCUGAACGUCAUGCUUUUCAACUGGACCUUGACUGUAUUACAUUUAAACCAUGUGCACAGGCAAAACAGCCAGAUCCUUAGGUAAAGAAAAGCGGAAAAAUGAUACCGAGAACAAACCAUGACAUAAAAAUUAUCACGCAGUGACAGCUUUUUGAACUUUAAACAGAAUGAAAUUGGAAACUGAAGUCCUAAACUGUCAUCUCUUUACCUCACAAACCAUCAAAACCAAAUCUGUUGUGUGGAUGUUUUUUUCUUUUUCCAUUUCAGUCACUACCCAGAGAUGAAUUGGAAUGCAUAAUGCGAGUGAUCAGUGUCCAAAAUGUGAGCAAAAAUUUCCUUUGGUGAUUAAAUAAAUGAGAAAGUAUCUUGCUCAUUGGCCGGAAACAUUAUUAGAAAAAGAAUUAUGCAAUAGCACAUGCACAGCAGUAGUGUUUGUAUACUGCCCUUGUGCCAUCUAGUUAGUUCCGAUAUUUUCUUCAUCAAUGCAAAUAGCUCCAAAAAGUACAGAAUCUUGUUUCUGGCGUGGGAUAAA